AUGCAGGUUGUAUAUAGCGGAGGAUCCACACCGACUCCUUCCCCGCACAUGAAGCGUAAGGCGGAAUACGGCCGACGCAAUAUUCCAAGAUAUAUUGCCCACGUCCACCCGCAAAUUAUCGUGCAGAGAUCGCGGGAAAAAUUCACAGAAGGGGACACAACACUCCGGGACUCGAUCCCCUUGAUGAGCAAAUGCACUGCGGUUGUUUGUCUACUCUUGAAUGUCAUUCUGCCAGGUUCUGGUACGUUAACUGCAGGCCUGUCCGUCCUUUGCUGCUCGCAAGUUCGCCCCAAAGGAGACUCCAAAGGACAUUGUAUUUUGAUCAACGCGGGCGUCGGUCUACUGCAGUUCCUGUUGACGUUCGUGUUUCUCCUGGGCUGGAUUUGGAGCAUCAUGUGGGGAGUAGCCUUUCUGGCAAUGUCCACUUUCAGAUGCAGUGACGAAACUAUGUCUCCAUCUGACACACCCAAAGACAACCGGCCUAGGACUGCAACAGACUCUAAUGGUUUACCUCAAGAAAGCUCUUCUACUGAAGAAACAGCACCAAAAGUAUCAUCCUUUGAACAAUCGGCAGUGCUUCAGUCGCAGACACAUGGAUACGAGACUUCUAAUACCCCUUUAGACUUGUUUAACAAUAGUGACUGUCAGAAAACCAGGGGAUGCCUUGGAAUACCUCCGAAUAAGCCCAAAUAUUGUUCUCCUCUUGUGACCCACCGGCAGACAGUGGUGUUGCACAGUCAAAGCCUUCACACUUCACUUCCCAAUAUCUGCCAAAAUACUAGAAAACAACCGUAUCAAGUUUGCCUUACCACAGUUUCAAAGUAA